AUGGGACCCAUUACUCGUGAGAACCCCCCGCCCUCCCGGACCCUGGGGCUACUGCUGGGUCUCCUUCUGAUCCAAGUUGAGAGCGUCUUCACGUUAAACGUCAAUAUCGGAGUGAUGUAUGCGGCGGGUAACAAGGAAGCGUACGGCCAGGCGGUCCGUGAUCUGAUGCGGAACGCCAGCCUGUCGCCGGAGUUCCCUAACGUCACGUUCUCUUUUGUGGAGCUGGAGCGAAGCUGUACGGAGAAGGAUGCUCUGGACAACGCUGCUGUCUAUUUCAAACAAAGAGGAAUCUGCAACCUCCUGGUGGUGAACAACGACAGAAAGGUUGUCUCCCAGGACCACAGUCUGGAGGGAGAAGCGGUCCACUGCGCUUACCAUGACCUCAGACAGAACAACAGCGAGCUGCUCACUAUCAUCGUUCAGCGACCACAGGAGACACACGGCUUGCCCCCUAACAGCGGGAUGUGGGUGACGUCAUAUCCGGAACCGGCGGACUUGAGUCUGAUGAUCGUCAACACGGUGGAGAAGUACAAGUGGACCUCGGCCUUCGUCUUGUACGACAAAUUCGCAGAUGCCUACAAAAGUCUGGAGAAGUUUCUGAACUGGGCGGCUGACCGGGACUGGCUCCUGAGGGUGAAGGAGAUCCCUCUGAUCGGAGAAGGUCCGGACAAGGUGGACAGACCUGCGCUGACCACACUUCUCAGACAGAUCAAGUCAUCUCGCGAGUCUCACAUCAUCCUGUUGUCCAAUUCAGCCAUCAUCAAUGACGUCCUGGACCGGGCCGUGUAUCUACUGAUGGUGAAUUAUCAGUAUCACUGGAUCAUCACUAGUCUGAACGCCCCUCUUGGAGACCUGGGUUUCGAUGACUUCCAUGAUACUGGGGUCAGGGUGACGUUCUUUCAUCCUAACACUGAACUUGGCGGCACUACGCGGAUAUUCGAGCGCCUUGUGUUGGACGGUGCCUUGACUCUGGCCCACUCGGCAGUGGAGGCCGCCCGAGCCGUUAACAGGGGAGAGAUGACCGCCGGGGAAGCACAGUGUCGUCUGCGGGACUACAUCACACAGAUUGAGUUCGACGGGUACACCGGUAAUGUGCACUACACAAAUCAGCACGGGAGGGUUAAAGUCAGGAACAACCUGGUCAUGGACCUGAUGGAGAACACGGGCAGUCACUUGGUCAAGGUCGGUAGGUGGAGUCAGGUGAGCGGCGCCAACCUCACCUCCCAGUUCAACUCCAGUUUCUUCACCAACCCCGUCCUGGGCGGCAAAAUACUCAGGAUCAUUUCAAAAGAGAGAGACCCUUGGGUCAGGCAGAAGCCUCACGCCGACACGGAGGGUCUAAUAGGGGUUGCCCGGUACGAAGGUUUCCUCAUCGACAUGCUGAACGUCAUGUCCAAAAGACUGAACUUCACGUUCCAGAUUGACGUGCGCGACAACAUCACGAUCGGGUCACAGAACGAGACGGACGGCAGUUGGGACGGCAUGAUCGGGAUGCUCCACAGGCGGGAGUACGAUCUGGCACUGGACGCCGUGGCGACUCGCUCGUUCCGACUGAAGGCCGUGGACUUCACGGAGCCGAUAGAGAUGGCCGGGUACUACCUCAUCAUGAAGCGGCCCUCCAAAGCUGCCCCUGGGCUCCUCCAGUUUCUCAACCCCUUCAGUUACACGGUGUGGGCCGUGAUGCUGUGCGCCAACCUGGGCGUUGCGAUCCUACUGGCGAUCAACAACUGCCUCAAUCCGUACGAGUGGGGCGGGCUGGCCAAACGAGGAGAGGUCGAAGAAGAGGAAGGGAAAAGCCUCAACUUCUUCAACAGCCUGUGGACCGUGUGGGGGGCGUACGUAGCCGCUGGUCCCGAGUUCCUCCCGCGUUCGUUCGCUGGGAGGGUGCUGGCAUCCAUGUGGUUUUUCGUCUGUCUUGUCGCCAUCUCUUCCUACACGGCGAACCUUGCCGCCUUCCUGACCAAAACCAACCUGGACCAGCAGAUCUCCUCUCUGAAGGAUCUGGCCAACAGCGACUACAGGUUCGGGGCUCUGGAGAGGAACACCAUCGUACAGUUCCUGAUGAACAGCACCGAGGAACCCUACAAGACCCUCGGCAGGAGGCUGAAGCGCUGGAAAGGCGAGGUUCUGCUCGACUCCCGGGAGAAGCUGCUGAAGAAAGCCGAGGAGGAACGGUUUGUGUUCAUCGCGGAUAACGAGAACCAGUUCCGUGUGAAGGAACAGCUCUGCAAGCUGAUUGUGGUAGGAGAAAGGUUCUUCCGCUCGCCGACGUCCCUGAUGUUCCCGCGCGGCUCGCCGUACGUCACGGAGUUUAACCGGCAGAUCCUGCUGUUCCGCGAGGAGGGGUACAUGGACAUCCUGCGGGACCGAUACCUCAACGUGCCCGGGGAGUGCGCCACCAAGUUCAUCGCCCAAGACGACGGCCAGCUGCAGAUAGAGAGCUUCAUCGGCCUGUUCUACCUUCUGUUGGUCGGCGUCGCCCUGUUCCUCAUCGUUGGGUUGGUGGAGAUUUUCGUCUACCGCGUCAAACCAGAGAAGAAGGAGGGUGAAACGAAGGAUGACACGCCGGAACCGAAACUUGAAAUAAAUGGACAGUUGAACGCCACCUACCUGUAGCAUUCGGAACGGCAACGGGUAAUCUCCAAGCAGAUGUUUGGCGGCAAAAGCGUUACGCUUAAACGUUAGAACUAGCCAUCUAGAGAGUCGUAAGCCGCCCAGACAAAUGGCGUCUGACAAAUAGAUAGCCUCUACCAGGCUUCGGGGAGCGGCUGGAAAGAUGGGGGCGGCAAACUGUGGUCUU